CACCAUUAGACUCGCAAACGAGGGGUAGAAAAAGACAGCACAUAUAAAGAGCGAAUUGAUAGAUGCUAGAGCCAUUUUGUAUGGGAAAUCCACGAUAAAUCAGAUCCAACGCUUUUCUGCAUUGUGAAAAACAGCUCAUUUUAGUGCCAAACGUUAAAUCCAUGUAGGUAUAGACGCUGCAUUACUAGCAAAUAGCAAACAAAUAAAAAUUUCUACUUCAUUUCUGUUCAACUAAAAAAUGGACUUGCUUCAGUGGGUUGGGUUUCCUCAGAUGCGCAGAGGGAAGACCAUAAACCAAACCAAUAGAUCGUAGGCAUCUGUACUAUGAUUGUUUUUAGUUUGUUGGAUUUCUGAGUGGGAGAAAAGAAGUGUUUCUAGGUAGUUCCAGAGAUGGCUGAGGACCCAUUUCUGGAGAGGCACCCACAACAUCACAUUUACCUCGAGAUUGACAGAGUGGAAGCGGAAAUUCGAAGUGUGCAUGAUGAGAACGAGAAAAUUAACGGGGAGAUCAAGGUAGAGGAGGCCAAGAUUGAUGCACUGAGCAAAGAUAUCAAGGAAUACGAGAACCAGCUGAAGGUUUUCGAGCUCAGGUUGAAAGAGGGAAGAAAUAUCGAAGAGAGCAUCGAAAUUGGGAGACAGAAAAGUUUGGUGGAGCAGAGGUUACGCAAUCUCAUUACCUAUGAAUCGACACUCAUUGUCAAAACGUCUUCCAGAGCAGAGGUCUUGCGCGCCCUUGAUAAAGAUCUGGUUCAGCUUUAUGGCCAGAGGAAGGAGCUCCGUCAAGCAGUUGUAAUAUUGGCAGGAUGUCACAAGGACAUGAUUUCUCAAGAUCUCAGCCUUGUAGAUGGAGUUGAGCAAAGACAAGCGUCCAGUGCUGAAGCAAGAUCUCGCUCACGAAAUUCAGCAGGCAAGUUAGUAAUUGAGGGGAUGACAAAUGUAUCUAUAAGUUCUGGAAUAUCAAGUGGAGAUGACGACAACCGCGAGUUCAUGGACAACACUAAUAAAAGAGACAAUGAAAACAUGCAAGAGGAAGAAGAUGAUGAAUUAGAGGAAGGGGUAGAAGAGGAACAUCCAUUGCGGAAGUUGAAGGUGCGCCGGUUGGAUAUACCAGAAGAUGUCUUUUUGACCCCACAACAUAAUGGUGGGUAUGCUGGAUUUCAACACAAGGAGAAUGCUAUGGAGGAUGUUGCCAUGAGCAGAAUGUCGUCUGAACUCAACAAAGAUAUCAUUCUGGAUCAUGAUUGUGCCAGGGAAAGCUGUGAAACACCAUUCUUGGAAGCACAAUAUUUUGAUACAGGCAAAAGGAAGAAAGCAACAAGAAGAACAAGCCGAAUUACUUGUCGGCACUUAGCAAGAAAGUUGACAGUGGAUUUUGAUGAAAAGGGAAAUCCAGUUGGUCCCAAUGCUGGAGGGUUUAAGAGGUCCAUUAAUAGUUAUGUUUGCCAUUUUAUGCCUAUUAAUUUCAAACAGAUUGGAGAUGUUCCAGUUGAAGACUACAAAGCAGUAUUAAAUGUUUUGACAGAGAGGUUUAAUUUUGACCUUAACAAGAAGUAUACUAGGAAAAAAAUUUCAUCCUGUUACCGACAACACAAAUACAAGCUAAUGUUGCAAAUUAAGAAAGAGAUUGAGAGGGGUGUAGAACCUGAGAAACCGUCAUAUGUGAAACAAGAAGAUUGGGAUGCAUUUGUUGCAAAAACAAAAGAUGAAGAGUUUGCAAAAAUCAGUAAUAAAAAUAAAGCCAACAGGAGUCAGCAAAGUGGAGUGCAUCGGACAGGAAGAUUAGGUCGAUCAGGCCGCAAAAGAAAAAUGAAGGAUGAUUCAGGAAUAGAACCAUUGGAUGACGCAUGGAGUAAAGCACUUGCAUUUAAACAAGGCACCAUAUCUCCUACUUGUCAUCAAAAUUUGAUCCAGGGCAUUCACAAAAAUGACUGAAUUAAUGCAAGAUUUUUCAUGCAAAUCCUGGGAUUUAUUAUAUCCAUCUUAAUAUAUUAAAUUUAAGAAAAUUCUAUUAACAAGUCAACCUUUCUGGGCAGAUGCACGUUUACAAUGUGUAACAAUGCUAUCAUCUGCGCAAUGCAUAAUUCCAUAUAUUUUCUUUCUUAGUAUCGUGUAGCAGAAUUUUGAAAGAUGUCAUGGUUGUUUUGUUUCUCAUGCUCGAUGAAAGCGAAGUAUGAUCCUGAUGGCGUCCGUUCCUGUGACAAAGAUGUGCUCUCUCUAAGAAAGCAAUGUUUCCCUUGCUAGUUUUUAGCUUUCUGAAAAGCAUUUUAUUAUGAAGUUGUUAGUGAUACAUGGGAAGGCACCAAGGCCUCAAAUGAAUUAAUGCUCCUCUAUGGACAUGAUGGCGUAGAGAAAUUUUUGCUUGGAAUUGCCAUGAUUAUGGUCUAUAAGACGACUUGGUACUUUACUAGUACUAUUCUAGUAAUGUUUAUUGAUUGUAUUGCAAGAUAAGGAAAGCGUUUUGCUGUAAAAUGAGGGUAUUCUCAGUUGUUACCCAAAUAAUCACAAUCUUUUUUUUGUAACUGCAGACUGUGCCUACUAAUGACUAAUUGUUGAAAUAUAGAAAUUGGAAUGUCUCAUCUUCUAAAAGCUAA